AUGCAGCUUCUUGAUUCAAAUUUGUUGAAUGUAAUCAUGUUAAUUCUUUGUUAUAUUACUGCAACUACAUGUAAAGCUUUAAAUUGUCAAUUACAUGAUUUUAAAAAUGUUGCAUAUACAAUUAGUGUUCAUAAGUCAGGCAGAGCAAACUUUACUACAAUUCAAUCUGCAAUUGAUUCAAUUCCUGACAGGAAUUCUCGGUGGAUUCGUAUCCAAUUUUCUCCGGAAAGAGAAAAAGUUACAAUUCCUGAGAACAAGCCUUGCAUUUUUCUCCAAGGUGCUGGCAGAAAGCUGACAAUUAUUGAAUGGGGAGAUCAUGAAACUACAAAUACUAGUGCAACUUUCACUUCAUUUUCUGAUAAUAUCAUAGCUAGAGGGAUUACAUUCAAGAAUACAUAUAAUUUAGUAGAGAAACCGAAUAGGCGUGACUGGAAACAAGCCGUGGCAGCAAGAAUACGGGGAGAUAAAUCAGCAUUUUAUCACUGUGCAUUUCAAGGAGUACAAGAUACGUUAUGGGACGAAAAAGGCUGUCAUUUAUUCAAAAAAUGUUACAUCGAAGGUUCCGUUGAUUUCAUUUUCGGCAAAGCCAAAUCUAUCUAUGAGAGAUGUUUAAUAUAUGUGAACAUAGGAAGAUACAAGCCAGAAUUGAAAGGAUAUAUAACAGCACAAAAAAGAGAAGGGAACAUGAAAAUGGAUUUGUGUUCAAAAAUUCAGAAAUUAGAGGAAUUGGUAAAGCUUAUCUUGGAAGAGCAUGGGGACCUUAUUCUACUGUAAUUAUUCAUAACACAACUUUAUCUGAUGUUGUUCUGCCUCAAGGUUGGAAUGCCUGGGAUUACGUCCUGCACGA